AUGCAACGCACGACUCGCCGUAUCGGAGCGUGGUCAUUUCAGGUGGCUUGCGGAGAUGAUGGCUGUGUUGAGGCUUCGACAGCUAUUAACUUAGGCAGACGCCAACUUGCAAACGUCGGUGUCAAGAGGGAGCGGCAUUUGGAUAUUCACGGCCAUGCCGAUGGACCCGGAGGUCUCUCUUCAUGCCCCCAGCCCACUCGUAUAACUUCGAUAGUAUUAGUGUCUCAAAAUAUGGUUGCAGAAGCAUGCUGGAUAAGGAAUAUCGCCAAUUACCAGCCCGAAGGUGCUGUUGGCGACAUCCUGCCGAGUACAAUGCAUCUAUACAUCCUUCAGGAGACGGCCAAGGCCAAUGGCGAACUGGAACUGUAUCGUUUGGUACUCUACCUGCAAGGGUAUGCGGAAGAAUACACGAACGACCUCGACAUGACGGUACUGAGACUAUACGAGCAAUUUUAA